CUUGUUUUAAAGAGUCACUAUGCUAAAACCCGGACAGUCUGGUGGAUCCUGGAUUCGGUUCUAUUCCACCAAGAAAUUCAGCUUGAAGGGUAAACUCAAGACUUCGCCCAAAAAUAAGUCUAUUCAGCCAACUACCCCGGCAAGAACAAGAUUUGCACCUUCACCAACCGGCCAUUUACAUUUGGGAUCAUUAAGAACUGCUUUGUAUAAUUAUCUUUUGGCUAAAAGUACCGGUGGACAGUUUUUGUUGAGAUUGGAAGAUACUGAUCAAAAACGAUUGGUUGCCGAUGCAGAACAGAAUAUUUAUGAUAGUUUGAAAUGGUGUGGAUUGAAAAUCGAUGAAGGUCCAAAUGAAGGUGGACCAUAUGCACCUUAUAGACAAUCAGAAAGAAUGAAUAUAUAUAAGAAGUAUGUUGACCAGCUUGUGGAAAGCGGCAAAGCUUAUUAUUGUAAUUGUUCAAAAGAAAGAUUAUUGGAUUUAAGAGAAUCGGCAACAAAAUUAAAACCUCCAACUACUGUAACUUAUGAUAGAAAAUGUUUUCAUGAUAACCAUCACAGCGAUCAUAAUGCAGAGCAAAUCGUCAGAUUCAAGUCUCCAGACACUUAUAGUUCUUUCACUGAUUUGAUGCACGGGGAAAAGAAUUUGCAACCUCAAUAUAAUCUUCAAGAUAGAAGGUACGAUGACUUUGUUAUUAUGAAAUCCGAUGGUCUACCAACUUAUCAUUUUGCUAAUGUAAUCGAUGAUCAUCUUAUGGGUAUCACCCAUGUGAUAAGAGGGGAAGAGUGGUUAAGCUCAACUCCUAAGCAUAUUGCUUUAUAUGAAGCUUUUGGUUGGAAACCUCCCUCUUACGUUCAUAUCCCAUUAUUGACUUCUUUGGAGGAUAAAAAACUUUCAAAAAGACAAGGUGAUAUUGGUAUUUUAAGUAUGAAAGAAAAAGGUAUAUUACCGGAAGCAGUAACCAAUUUCUGUGCAUUAUUUGGUUGGUCUCCUACAAGAAUUGUUCCUGGUGUAAGUUCAAGCGAAGUGAUGACGCUUCACGAUUUAAUAGAUAAGUUUAGUUUGGAUACAUUAACAAAAGGAAAUGCAAAAGUGAAAGACGAUAAAUUGUUAUUUUUCAAUAAACAUCACUUAAGAAAUAGAAUCAAUGAGCCUGAUUCUUUGGAUGAGUUGGUGGACUCAUACUUUCCUCGCUUUAAUGAAUUUACAAAUGGCAAAUAUAAUAAGGAAUAUUUGAAAAAACUUCUAAUUAGCUUGAGUCAAAGUCUCUCAACAAUACAUGAUAUCGAAAACAUCCAUUCCUAUAUAUUCAAAGAUGUUGAACAUUCGAAAAUUGAUGAAUCUCAAAUCCCUAGUCAAGCAAAAGAAGUCUUGACCAUUUUAAAAGAUCUCGACCAUUCUGAUUUCAAUUCGUGCAUUGAUGAAAUAACAAAAGCAUUACCUGAUACUAAGAAAAAGGAUAUAUUUCAUUCUAUUAGAUUUGCACUUUCUGGUGGUAUAUCUGGUGUCACGAUACCUUUGUUAAUUGAAUUGAUCGGUGAAGUCGAGUAUAAGAAAAGAUUACAAAAUGCAUUGAACAUUCUUUGA